AAUCUUAUCAGUAGGGCUACCCAAAACGUGACUCAGUCGUGAAAAGAAAGUGCAGCAAUGAAGGUAUUUUUUCCGCUUCCAGUGCUCCUACUUUUUGGUAGCAUUUGCUCGUCAAAAGCAGCCGAUAUCCUAUUCCUGGUGAGCACAGCUAAGCACAACAAUCCGGCCUGGUCGAUGUCCCUUAUUGACGCCUUGGUAGCCAAUGGUCAUAAUUUGGUAGUGGUUAGUACAGCUCCUAAUCCGGAGCCAAAGAAGCAAGUGGAUGGUCUGUUGUACUAUCAUCUGCCCAACGAAUACGAUGUGAUGCGGAAGCACUUCAUAUCCCAAGAUACUCGGAAGUACCAGAAGAUGAUGACGCUCAAGCAGCUCCUGGUGUGGUACGAGGUUCUCUUGGGCAGCUGCAGUACCCUUCUCAAGUCGAAUACCAUGAACAGUAAGGUGGUGGAGUUGGCCGCCCAACUAAGCAUGGACUUCGAACUGAUAAUUACGGAUGUUACUCAAGGCGUGGAGUGCCUAAUGGAUAUGUAUCCCUUGUGGCGUUCUAAGCCCAUUCUUGGCUUGAGUGCUGGCAAGCUCAGCCCGGACUUAAUCUCUAUGCUUCAGGCGGAAAACACUAUAAGUGCAUCCAGGAUACCGCACCAUAUCAGUCAGUUUCCCAAAGGGAUGAGCUACUUAGAUCGACUUUACAACCAUAUCAUGUACUACGCAGAGCCACUAAUUCGCUUUCAGAUCGUUCGCCCCGUUCUGAAAGGUCUGCUGAAGCAGGAAAAUGGUUAUCCUACUUUACAACUAGUGCUGCUAAACACACAUCCAUCCUUAGACUAUGUACAGAAUCUUCCGCCCGGGGUCAUCGAAGUGGGAGGACUUCACAUCAAGAGAGAGGUCAGUCCUCUGCCCACUUAUAUUCAGGAGUUCACUCAGAAGUUCAUCGAUGGCAUCGUUUAUAUCAAUAUUCCCUAUGUCGAGUAUAUGAACGGUCAGGGAGUUCAAGCUGUGUUCAAGAUGAUACUCAACAAUCCCAACUGUGGUUUUAUAUGGAAUGUGCAGGAUAUGGACCUUGUGCCGGAAGAGAAACCAAAUUUGUUAACCCUUCAUGUGGAUCAGUCACUGCAGCAGGAUAUUUUGGCUUUAAAUUACGUUAAGGGAUUCCUUAAUCAUGGCGAUAGCUUCAGUCUUCAGGAGGCCGUCCACAAUGGAGUGCCUGUUGUUGUGCUUCCCCUGAAACUGGAAGAGUUUAAUAAUGCCCAGCGUGUUAAGGAACGCAACCUGGGUGUGGUGAUCCAGGCAAGUGAUUUUGACCAGAAAUCUCUGGCUGAUGCCCUCAAGCGGAUUCUCAAUGAUGAACGAUUUACCAGUGCCAUCUACCAGGCACAAGUAAGAUUCCGUAACCGUCCGCAAUCCCCUCUAGAGUUGGCCGUAUGGCAUGUUGAAAAGCUAAUCGCCGAGCCACGUUUGUUUAAUAAUUUCGCACAGACCGAGGCCCUUGCCCAAAAUUUCUUUGUGGCUCAUUCCCUAGAUGUGCUUCUGCCUCCUUUGGUUAUUCUUCUCUUUGUGGUUGUAAAUGGAAGUUUUUUGGUGUUGAUCUUCUUCCAAUCUGGAAAAAAUCCCACUAAGGAAAAGAAACCUAAAGCUGAGUCAUCAAAGAAGCGCAAAAAGGAGAAAAAAGAAUCCAUGAAUUCCGAACCAAAGAAUAUUACACUCAUGAAUGACAGCACUUUAAUCGAAGAUUUAAAUGAGGAGAUUCUUGAAGGGGAGGAGCAGUUACUUAUGGAGGAUAAAAAGCGUCUGAAGGUGAAGAAAGAUGACUAAACAUGUGCAUUACUUUUUCCCUAUUUUUAAGUUCAAUAAUAUAUCAAAAAAGACUGUUAAUAAAUGUUAAAUGUAACGAUCUCCCCAAAA